CUUUAAUAUGGAAUUAGACUAUUGUCAAUAUAUUUUACAGGCACUUGGCUCAUUUGAUUAUACUGCAGCUAAUAAACUAGUUUAUAAGCUCAUGAAAGCAAGUGUUGACUUUUUUUUGUCUUUUUCUUUUGUAUUGACUUUUAGUAGAUAUAUCAACCAAUUGGAACCAUCUUUACUCGUCUAUGUCACUGUGAAAGUACGUUUAGUUCACUUCAGUUUUUACGUUCAAGAUGGUUUGUGAUGAGAAAGGAAACUUCACUUGAAAUCAUUUAUCAUAAUCUAGCACUCGAACUAUCCAAAGAAAUAUCCUACUUGGAAUCAAACAAUACACUUUCAAUAGACUCAAAAGAGGGCAUAAAACGAAUAUUAGAAGCACUUGUUCAUUUAUGCAAUACGAGAAAAGAAAUGAUCAACGUUUAUCAAGCUAUCUUGGCACAAUCAACAAAGGGUGAAUUUGACAACAUUCUCACAGAACUAGAGCAAAUAGAAAAGACCAUGUUUGAUCUAGAAAGAGAUUUAUGCAUAUUGGGAUUGGGUGUCAAAAAGGAAAUUAAUGUUCUAUUGAUGCUGUUGAAAGCAAGAACGUCUAUAACCAACUAUGCGUUUCAAGACACUUGUAUUUCCCUUUAUUCAAGCAAACAAUGUUUAUCAGAAUGGAAACAAUUAUGUAAAGAACAGACUUACCCAGAGUCAUCUCAGAGACAGGAUGAAACAAAAGAACUAUCCACUUGGAGAUUCUCCUUGUUCAAAAAUGAUACCAAAUUGACCAAACAAGGAAAAGUAUGGCCAAAUACCAUACAUUGGUAUACAAGAGUCUUGGAGAAUUUGACAGCAAAGAUGACUUUAUUUUUUCAUCAAAUCUUAUUGGAGAAAGAGACAGUCAUUCAUGAGGAAGAUCCAGAAAGAUCUUUAUGGAAAGGUAUCACGAUUGAUUAUUUUGACCAAAUAGCUACUUUUAGAAAAAGGUUCGGAGCUCAUAGUAUUAGUCUCGUCUAUCAAGUGACUCCAGAGACUCCUUUUCAUCCUCAAGGUUACAUCUAUCCUGGAAAGACAUAUGAAGCACCUCAAGGUAUUCAUUCCUUUCCAUUCAUUUUUUGUCAUCCAAAGAGUCCACCUACUAAGCAUUUACCUGGUAUCAUUUCCAUCAUUCAAGGAAGUAGAGUAAGAUUGGAUGAUCCAAAGGCAGGUCCUAUUUAUUUUUUUGAUAAUGUAAUCGGAAGUACCUACUAUCUUAUGCGAAUUGAUCGUCAUGCUGUGUUUGUCAUUGUUUACCUUGACAAGCACGUCAAUCGAGAACCAACUACGGUUGAAUUUAUUACCAAUAUUGUUACCUCUUUAAGAGGCACGACAGUCAUAGAAGAUCUUACAGCCCAAUAAAAAAGAUUUCAUACUGAACAAACUUGCCAGGCGCACUGACUUUUGCUUAAAGUGUUUGACGUUUGAACAUGAAAAGAAUACAGCUGUCAUUAAUAAUUAAACGCCUAAUAAAUGUAUAUUGUUCCUAACACAA